CUAUGGUUUUUGACAAAUGUCCACCCAAAGACCCAUGUGAUAAAGGCAUGGCCCUUAGCCCCUGGCACUAUUCAGAGAUAAUGGAGUCCUUUGGAGGUGCCAUCCCAUUGGAGGAAGUUAGAGCAUUGGAGGCAUGAACUUGAAGCAGGUGUCAGGACCACUGAUUGCUGCUCCCUUUCUACCUGUUGCCUGCCCUGAGGCACCUGCGCUGAGCUCUGCAGAGGUGACUGGGACUGUGGGCCAGGGGAGAAAUGUAUCAGCAGCGGAUGCAGUAGCAUCUGUGCUACAAAUUAAGAACAGCUUCUACCCGGGAAAAAUAUGCCUGUCUGGAGCUCCGUGCCCAAGAAAGCAGUUGAAAAUGGAGGCCAUGGAUGAAGAUUACAAGGAGCACAGUGGGGAGGGACCAGGACGUGUUUCUUUUAAUAAAUCAUCAUUGUAAGAGUCUC